GUCCACACAUUUUUAAGGAAAUUAACUAGGCUACUUUUUCUAGGGCAGUCGGCACCUAUCAAGUAACUGCAAGGGGUGUUUGCGGUAUCACGUCUUUUUUUGAGGGGGGGGGGGGGGUGUGUUUACUGAUUUUUAUGAAACAUGUGACUGAAUUAGGCGCUCACAUGGCUGCUGUGGCUGCAUGAUCGGCUUUAGUUUUUUAAAGUUCGGUUAUCGGUAGCUCCCUCGGCUGGGACCAUCUGGAGCAGAAGACCCCUGAAAAACACUGCGCGUAUACGGACAAAUCAUGGCGAACAGUGGGCAGAAAGUUGUGCUGAUCACCGGCUGCUCCUCCGGCAUCGGGUUACGAAUUGCCGUCAUCCUGGCCAAAGAUGAAAAGAGUCGUUACCAUGUCAUUGCCACGAUGCGGGACCUGAAGAAGAAGGACAAGUUGGUGGAGGCAGCUGGAGACGUAUAUGGAAAGACCUUGACGUUGCUUCCAUUAGAUGUGUGUAGCGAUGAGUCCGUCAGGCAGUGCGUCAAUAACGUUAAGGACCGCCAUAUUGAUAUUCUGAUCAACAAUGCAGGUGUGGGCUUGCUUGGACCUGUGGAAAGCAUCAGCAUUGAGGAGAUGAAAAAAGUAUUUGAGACCAACUUCUUUGGAGUGGUUCGUAUGAUCAAAGAAGUGAUGCCAGACAUGAAGAAGAGGCGUUCAGGGCACAUUAUCGUCAUGAGCAGCGUCAUGGGUCUUCAGGGUGUGGUAUUCAACGAUGUUUACACUGCUUCUAAGUUUGCAAUGGAGGGCUUCUGUGAGAGUUUGGCUGUGCAACUGAUGAAGUUCAAUAUCAGGUUGUCCAUGAUUGAGCCUGGCCCAGUGCACACUGAAUUUGAAACGAAAAUGAUGGAGGAUGUGGCUAAGAUGGAGUAUCCGGGUGCGGAUGCUGACACAGUUCGUUAUUUUAAAGACGUUUACCUCCCAUCAUCAAUAGAUAUAUUUGAGGCCAUGGGCCAAACACCAGAUGACAUAGCUAAGUGCACUAAAAAGGUUAUUGAGUCAAACAACCCACGCUUCAGGAAUCUGACCAACAGCCUCUACACACCCAUUGUGGCCCUGAAAUAUGCCGAUGAGACUGGAGGCCUGUCUGUAAACACAUUCUACAAUCUACUCUUCAAUUUCGGCCCUCUCAUGCACAUCACCAUGAGCAUCCUCAAGUGUUUGACGUGCAGCUGCCUGCGUAGACGCACCAUCUCACCUAACUGAAGAUGGAGUGUGUAAUUCUGUCACUUAACUUUAACCUCCCAGUUUGUUGAACGGAGGUUUCCUGAACAGACUAGACUAGAGCAAGUAACCUGGAGAGAAGAGCCACCUUUUAGUUUAAAGACAGAGCCACAAUAAGCUUCUCAAGACAACAUGCACAGCUGCACAAGUUUGUCACAGAAAUGUUAUAUAUAGGGUGACCUCAUGUACUGACACAGAAACAUGCAUACACCACAACACAGACAUACAAACAACACACACAUUGGAUUAUUGUAUAUAUAAUAUGACGAGGAACUCAUGCCAGAGUCUGGGUAGUAUGACAAGAACUGAACAGCUGCUUUGUAAGUUGUUGGAUAUAUAUGUUGUUAAAUGAAAACGUAAAGAUGGAACUUAAGAUUGAAACACAUGGACAGAUGUCAAAGCACAAGAAAUAAAUUAAGAUGAUGAGAGAAACCAUAAAAUUAUAAUAAAUAUCACAAUCACAAUACCAUAAGUUGCAACCUAGGUAUUGUUUCAUUACUCAUCAGAGUAAUGACAUAUAAGACAGAGUCAGAAUAUAUGAUAAAUAUAUAUAUAAAUAUUUCAUCUUUUGUUCUUCAGUGCCCUUAAUUUUAUGUUCACCUUAAUAUAAUGUUCUCAUGGUCAUAACUGCUGUUGAAUCAUAUUUCUAAUCUUUGAUAAACUGAAUGUUUGUUUGUUUUGGUUUGGGUUUUACAAAGGGCUGGAUCAGAUACUUUUACCAAGCAAAUUAAUGGAAAAAAUAAAGUGAAUUCUGAUUUAC